CCCGGGGUUUGCUGAGAGUUUGGCCUGUCCCCUUAUCGCGACCAACCAAGGGCGCGGGUGUGCUCAUGUUUCGCCCGCGCACAGCUGGGCAGCUGUCACCACCCUCGCCGCGCACUAACACGCUGCUGCCACUGACUACUACUACCGCCGGUCUCACCCACCGUGACUGUGUGCACGCUCUCUCUCAACUCGCAGCUCCACCACCACGCACGACUCUCCGGACGGUCUGCGGCAGUGAAUAUUGCGCACCCACCGCCCUGCCUGUCUGCCCCAAUCACCGCUCCGGCUGCUGGACCCUCUCGCCGCGCUAUUACGAAACCGCCGACUGCCAGAUCGUGUCCGGUUCCCUGGAUCCCGGCACGUCACAGCCUGCGCACCGCAGCCCGCUCUGCGACGAACCCUCGAACGUUCGCGCCGGUCGUGCUCCUCUCACGAGACUUGCUUUUCCCUGAUCUUACUCAAUAAGGACCGCCUACCCCCGGUUGGGCCACUGGGCCACGCGCAUUCCAGGGCCAUGCUGGUGCCGAGCUCGUUCAAAUACAGCUCGGCUGCCAUGGACCACGCCGCGAGGAAACCCUCUCGUCGCUCAUCACCCACGCCUCCCUACCCCGAGCGGAAACGGUCAGCAGCCACGUUGCACUCGGUGUCGCCGCCUCGCAACAACACCGAUCCCGUCAGCAUCCCAUUAUCCUCCGCGCCCAAUGUUGCCGCACCGAAACACAUUGAGUCCGAAUCAAAUCAAAACAUGGCUACAAAACGGAGCGCUACUGUCAACAUCAGCCGGAGGAAACCCUCAUCCCACGACCCAAAUGCCCUUCCGCCUGCAGUCGCCGCACUGCUGGCGGUGACAGCGAUUCCACCUCGCCGACCCAAUCGCUACCGGACACAUGCCGGCAGUGGCCGUCGGAUCUCUAUAGAGGAAUUGAUCAGUGAAUGGAGAAACGAUGACUCUCUCAAGCAAUCGUAUGAGAGUCCAACUAGCGGGGCUCUGGGUAUACUGUUGGAGGAUGGUCUGGACGCAGAUGAUGACAACAGCGUUCCAAGCUACCUCAACGCCAGGUCAGCUUCCAGCGACUCGAUGCCAUCUCUGGACUCAGACAACCAGUCAGUAUUGUCUGUUGGCAGCCCUUCAACACCCGGCUCUCUGCGCAGCCGGAAGUCAAUCACGAAUUUCAAAAAGGAAAAGCCGAGGUCACUGCCAGCGUCAGUGGAUUGUGCUUUAGACCAUCCUCUGAUAACUACGCUAGAAAUUGAGGGUGAUGACGACUUGCCACCGCUACCGAAGCAGAAGCGGGUGGUCGCGAAGUCAAAAUCUUCGUUCAAGUCGAAUUUGACUGCCUCUUUGCAGUCACUGAAAGAGGCUGCAGUUAACUCGAUUUCUUCUCUUGGACGGACGGGUGGGAUGCCGUCACUUUCCAGAGCGGCAGCUCCUCCGAUGGACGAUAUGCUCUGGUCUCACCCGUUCCUUUUCCCGAGAUUUAGUUCCGAAGUUCGACCUGCUUACGAUGGGACACCAACGCAAGCUCACCGACGAUAUCUCAAUCCCAUGCCUCUCACAUUCGAGGAGCAAGAAGCACCUUUCCAGGAGGCUUUACAUGCUCCGUUCCUCGCGGAGACUGUCGACGAUGCACCGAUCAUCCAGAUGCAGACUUACAACCGCGGACGGAAACGGCCAGGCAAACGCGCAGCAUCGAAUCCCAGUUCAGAGGCUGGAAGGGCUCUCCUCGGCCAAGUUGGCGGACGACAGCGUGAAGUGAGAGAAAACUCCAACUUCUUGCGCGUCGUUGUCUUGGAGAUGAACAUGCGUCGUGAAGGCAAGCUGGAGCAGGGACGAGCCAAAAUAUGGCUCCCACCUCGUGAGUCCAGUGCAACUCCAGAGCAGAAGGGCGGGAUCCCAAAGCGUUGGAUCGGAGAGAGUGCAUGAUGCGCUCGAUCUGGCAACAAUUUCUUAUUAACGAGCAUCGCAUUUUUUGUGUUCUUUGACAUGUAUUGCAGCGUUCAAGCGGAACGCAUUACGAGAAAUGCUGAAGAAACCUGAGAGAAUCAUGAAGCAUAUAUAGCACUCCACAGAGAGGAGUACCCAUUUCAGAAGUAGCAAAGCAAUGAGAAAAUAUUGCAAACGAGGGGAAGAGC